UGGCUGGUACCGGGGGUGGGGGCCUGGCGGUGUGAAGGUCGCUGCAGAGAUAAUCGGACAGGUGGACAGAGCGAUCGGGAACCGAAUCGAUAUCACCGAUACCAUAAUCGAUAACUCCCUCCCCCUCUAUCGAUCUCCAUGCCUUACCUACUGAUCAGCACACAGACCCGGAUGGAGAUUGGCCCUACCAUGGUCGGCGACGAAUUCUCCGAUCCGGAGCUGAUGGAGCAGCUUGGGGCCACAAGGAGGACAGUGCUGGGUAAUAACUUUGCCGAAUACUUCAUUAACGAGCCUCCCCGGGUCACGUUGGACAAGCUGGAAAAGCUAGGAUACCGUGUCGUCAGCAUGACCGGAGUGGGGCAGACUCUGGUAUGGUGUCUCCAUAAGGAAUAAUUGGUCCAACGCCUGUAUCUCGAGUACAGAGAUCUCUGGUCGUAUAGGACUUGUAUAAUAUACUAUUUUGGCAGAAUACAGUGGAUUUCGUUUGGCCUGGCACACACUAGCUAUACAUGCUGUUUCACAGAAAGCUUCCAAGAGCAGUUAAAGUUUGUCUGGUCCCGUACAGCAGGCGUACACUGGCACCUAGGAAGUCUAAACCUCCACCUGUGCCAUCCUGAGUGGGCAUUUUGUGAAUCACUGGCCAUAGAAUAAAGGAGACCAGCAACGGGCAUAGUGUGUAACUCUUACAAGGUAUCCUUAAAGGGAGAGUGUCCCUCCAGUGCCAGGCAGUGCGCAGGUGGCACAGCUUCCCUUUAUAAUAAAAAACUCGUUGUUCCUAAUAGAUUAUUAUUUAUUUUUAAUAACUCUCUUAAAUGUGUUUUUUUUCUAUUUUUGUCCUUUCUGGUAACUUUAUGUAAGGAUGAUAAAUUGGACAUUUUAAUGUUCAGGAUUAUGGAGUUAAAUAUGUUUUUAUUUCUGAUAACUAAACAGCAGAUGUCGUUGCAAGAAACUGCUGUUAAAUUACCAGAGAUAAUACACUCUGGACCAUACAGGGUUACUGGUUCAGAUGCUUGGAGUACCCUGGCACCAUUCACCCCUAAUGGGGAAAACACUUACAUGGGUUUGCCCUCUUACCCAGGACUGCCAUGUGCGAGGCUCCCAGCUUGCCGGUGAUGGGUGUCUGAGAGCGGAGUGACAGAGAUGCACAGAAUCGCCAUUAGCCAGCCUGAAGCAGCAGAAGGGUUAAACUGUGCAGUACAUACAGACUCCAGGCACCAUGACCCCUUCAAAUCAUGGAGGUGUCCCUGGUGCUUGAAGUAAAUAACUAUGAUGCAUAUUAUGCAGAAUGAAUAUUGUUUUUGUAAGGAAAUGCAAUGUACAGAUAAACUAAUGGAAAUUGUGCAUUAUUACAUUUUGAUUUUUUUCUGAUUGCACUAAACUGAAAUUGAACACAAACUAAAGCACAAGAUACCAUCCUUCACCCUGUCUGCUGCUUCGCUUCGAAGGAAACCUAUAGUCUCGGAGGGAUGAAUUAUUUCUGGACUGUUUGUUUCCUUGUAUCCAAACUGAAAGUUUAAAAGAUAACGUACCUAGCUUCCAGUGCCGGGAAUCCUCUGCUCCACUUUCAUUGCCUUCAGCUUACCUGAUGACUACUUCUGCGAUCUCCUCCAAUCAAAUGCUUCGCCUAGAGAGGCAUUGAAUUAGAGGUAUGCAUGUGCGGCCAAAUGCUGCACUCUACCAGUCAAAGAAUCCUACCAGCAGUAUUUGAUUCCAGAGUUUGACUCUGUUCUGGAGGAGGAUUUAAUAAUAUGUUACAUUAUAGGAUUACAGUGAGCGGACCAGUAGUAGAUCUCAGUAAAGUAGUCUGGGUAACCUUAAUGUUCCUUUAAUACAUUGCAAACAAAACGUCUCCGCUACUCAGGAGCAUCUUGUUCUGCUCUCUCUAUGGGUUUGUGAUAUGAAGUUAAAGCCGCAGUCAUCACUGCUUAGAGAAUAGCAACCUAUGGGCCCAGUGGUUAAAGGGACACACUCAGCCUAUAGAUCCUCAGCAAGCUGCUGUGCUUUAUGUGGUUAAAGGGACACUCUAGGUACCGCUUUAUCUGCUCUCUAUCACGUCCUUUCAUUGCAGUGUCCCUGUCCCCUUAAGCCUGCAAUACAUUGUUUUAGAGAAACUGCAAGGUUUAUAUCACGGGUUAAGACUGCCUCUUAUAGCUGUCUACUAGACACAUGCCACUAGAGGUGCUCCCUGCAUUUUCACAGAGUUUGACUCGAGCGUGGCGACACUGAAUGCCAGUGCUGCACAAAAUCUGCGUGACGGUCACUAGAGAUCCAGCAUCCUUUAAAUCCCCAUAGGAAAGGCCUAAUGCAGGCGCACAACUCUCGCACAUUAGGUUCCUCCAUCUGCCUGACGUUGCUGGAUCAUGGCGCUGCAAUUAAAGGAACACUACAAGUUUAUAUUCCUAACAUGAUGGUGCUGGAGUGGCUGUUUAGGUUACAAAACCACCCCCCCAGGUUGCAUUGAAAAUGUAGUUUUACGCCCUGCCUUCAUGGGUGGAAUGCAGUGGGAGACUACUGAACAUGCACCGAUCAGCAUCUCUGUGCAGAGCAUGGCGACACUGAAUGCUGCACACAAUCUGCAUGACUGUCACUAGAGAUUACCAAGCAGUAAAUACUGCCGGGACAUUCUAAGCUGGAUACUCUACAUUAAGGUAGAUCCCCAAGUGCUUCCAUAAUGCUUUGUUGUUAAGUUUUAGUUCUGCAACAUCUGGGGAUCUACCUUGUUGGCAGCCCUGCAUUAAGCUGUAUGGUUCUAGUGACUAGAGUCCUUUUAGCAUUGGUGAAAUAAAGGCUUUUCACCACUGGGGGUGAUGGGUGACACGCAGAAGGAUAGUGUUCCUUUAAUGUGAUGCUGUGUUAACGGGUUCAUUAACUUAAAACUCAUAGCUAAGGCUAGAUCACUUGCCAUCAGUAUAUUUAUAAAACUUUUACAAUACACGCUCACUAGACUAGUGCACAAAUCCUUUUCACCUCUGAUGGACGAAUCAAAUGCCUGUUCAUCUACACUACAACAAAUUGAUCCACCGAGCUCUCAAGCUGAUCGAUUGGUUCUGGUGUAGAUGAACAGGUCUGGCAGGCCUUUACGGUCAGAAUGUAAUGUUUUAUUCACAUUGAUAAUGUAUGAUAAUUAUCUUAUUUCAGUAUAAGAAUCUGGUGCAAUAUGGAAUU